GAAGUUGCUGUAACAUCUUUGUCCAAUGAGAAGCCCCCAAAACACCCACAACAGAGGUCUGCGCCGCUCCAUAUUGGAACUGUCUUUUCUUAGAAUUACGUUGCUUCGAAGGGCCACCUGUACAAACUGCCUAACACACGGGAGGGCAUUCGACUUCAGUCCUCGUGUUCAGGUAUGAGGGCUGCAAGCCGACACAUUGUACCGCCACAAACCGGAGUCGUUCUCCAGAGCUUUGCUUCACAGUGCGGCGUCAUUCCCACAGUUUUUAAUGGUUCUGAGAAAUCAGGUUAAACACGCACAUGAGGAUCGGACACCGGCAUGCAAGGUGAAGAGGAAAUAAUUGGACUGUGUUAGUGUCAUAUAGCCAAUGUUCACUCUCACUGAGGUUGCAUCCUUGAACGACAUCCAGCCGACAUACCGCAUCUUGAAGCCAUGGUGGGAUGUGUUUAUGGACUACCUGGGGUUGGUCAUGCUGAUGCUGGCCAUAUUUGCAAUGACCAUGCAGAUCACCAAGGACCACGUGGCCUGCCUACCAUGUCUGGAAGAUGCAGACGAGCCCCCUGGAGCUAAAUCCAACCCGCUAUACAUGACCUCGACAGCUGCCACUGAAGCCCCUGCUUCAUCCACCACCCCAUCGGUCAAUAAGGAGCCCCAUAAAGUCAGCACAGCGCAACAACACACUGCUGUUACAAACAAAUUUACCAAUCAACCUCAGCCCACGGGCGUCAAAACCAACCUGGACUUUCAACAAUAUGUCUUUAUCAACCAAAUGUGUUACCAUGUUGCCUUGCCCUGGUAUUCCAAGUACUUCCCAUACCUCACGCUCAUCCACACCAUUGUCCUUAUGGUCAGCAGCAAUUUCUGGUUUAAAUACCCCAAAACAAGUUCAAAGAUUGAGCACUUUGUCUCUAUCCUGGGGAGAUGUUUUGAGUCUCCUUGGACAACAAAGGCUUUAUCUGAGACGGCUUGUGAGGACUCAGAGGAGAACAAACAGAGGUUGACGGGCACCUCAACAGCACUACACCAAGUGUCUUUAGAGGGAAAGGAUGAUGGCACAAACGCCAACCAGUCCACACCUAUGCUUGGUGUAAAGUUUUCUGCAGACAAGCCCAUCGCAGAAGUACCAAGCAGCAUGACAAUCCUGGAUAAGAAGGAUGGGGAGCAGGCCAAAGCCCUGUUUGAGAAGGUGCGAAAAUUCCGAGCCCACGUGGAGGACAGUGAUUUUAUUUAUAAGCUCUAUGUUGCACAGACGUCUGUCAAAACCGUCAAGUUCAUUUUGAUAUUGUCAUACACGUCAACGUUUUUGGCAGAGAUAAAUUUCACGCACGAUUGUAAGCCUAAUAUUAAACAGCUAACGGGCUAUAACAAGUUCUUCUGUACGCACAACAUGGCUUACAUGCUCAAUAAGCUACUUAUCACCUAUAUGGCAUUGAUUUUGAUAUAUGGGAUAACCUGUCUGUACUCUCUGUUCUGGGUGUUUCGACGACCUCUGAAAGAGUACUCAUUCGAGAAGGUGCGUGAAGAGAGCAGCUUUAGUGACAUUCCAGAUGUCAAAAACGAUUUUGCAUUCCUCUUACACAUGGUUGACCAAUAUGACCAACUUUACUCCAAGCGCUUUGGUGUUUUUUUGUCCGAGGUCAGUGAGAACAAGCUGAGGGAGAUCAGCCUAAACCACGAGUGGACCUUUGAGAAACUGAGGCAGCUCGUCAGUCGCAACGCGCAAGACCAGCAGGAGUUGCACCUUUUCAUGCUUUCCGGACUCCCGAAUGCCGUGUUUGACCUCACAGACCUGGAAGUCCUGAAACUGGAGCUGAUUCCUGAGGUGAGGUUUUCGGCAAAGGUCUCCCAAAUGACAAGCCUGCAAGAGCUGCAUCUUUGCCACUGUCCUGCCAAAGUGGAGCAGACGGCCUUUGCCUUUCUUCGGGACCAUCUCCGCUGUCUUCAUGUCAAGUUCACAGACGUGGCAGAGAUUCCUCCCUGGGUUUACCUGUUGAGGAGUCUGAGGGAGCUUAACUUGAUUGGCAACUUGAGCUCAGAAAACAACAAAAUGAUUGGUCUAGAGUCCAUGCGGGACCUGAAGCACUUAAAGACCUUGUGCCUGAAGAGCAACCUCACAAAGAUGCCCACAAACAUCACAGAGCUCUCGCCGCAUUUGAUCCGAUUGAUUGUGCACAACGAUGGCACAAAACUUCUGGUACUGAACAGUCUGAAAAAAAUGACCAACCUAAUUGAACUGGAACUGUACAGCUGCGAACUGGAGAGGAUCCCACAUGCUAUUUUCAGCUUGACCAACUUGCAAGAGCUUGACUUGAAGUCUAACAACAUCAGGACCAUCGAGGAGAUCAUCAGCUUCCAGCACCUCAAGAGGCUGACUUGCCUGAAGCUGUGGCACAACAAAAUAAUCACCAUCCCAUCAUCCAUUGCCCAGGUCAAGUCACUGGAGUUUCUCCACCUCUCUCACAACAAACUGGAAUCCCUGCCUCCGGCCUUGUUCAAUCUCCCCAAACUGCGACACUUGGAUGUGAGCCAUAACUCCAUCACGGUGCUUCCACCCGACGUGGGCCUCCUCCACAACCUGCAGCACUUAGCCAUCAACUCAAACAAGCUGGAAGCACUGCCCAAGCCUCUGUUCCGAAACACCAAGCUGAAGGUACUGUGCGUGGGGCACAACGCGCUCACCACGCUGCCCGAAACCGUGGGCCAGCUGGUCCAGCUCACCCAGCUGGAGCUCAGAGGAAACUGCCUGGACCGACUGCCUGCCCAGUUAGGAAACUGCCGCAUGCUGCGCAAAAACGGCCUCAUUGUGGAGGACCAUCUUUUUGACACGCUGCCUGUGGAAGUUAAGGAGAGCAUCAGCCGAGAAACAAGCGUGUCCUUUACAAGUGGCUUAUAGCACAACCAAACUGGCAGUGAUCAAAGAGACUUUACUCGUGUGUUUUCCAUAAAAAUGAAUUCAUUUAUCUGAUUAUUAUUUUUAAUGUCAACCUAGUUGCUUACAUUUUAAUAUAGCUUAAAAGAUUACUUUGUUAUUGUUGUACAUGACUCCCUUUUGGCUUUCAAUUUUUUCUUGUUUUAGCUUUUAGCUAUUUGGUUAAAAAAAAAAGAGGAAAAAAAGAAAGUUUUGUCCUAUGUUUUUCUCUUUAGACCAAAAUGACACCACUGACGCAUUGUGUAAAUGUGUCCUUAUGUAGUAGGUACUCAGGUAUUAAUGUAACCAUAGGGAAAAAUCUUUUUGCCUUAGACGCUGCUAUGCAUGUUUUUGUUUUUUGUUUUUACGCUAAUAAUUUUCGCAAACAAGGCCAAAAAUGAAUGAUCUGUGAUUUUCCUGGUAUAUCGAGAGGAACAAACCCCUGGAAGAAAUUUCUCAUUUUUAUGGAAGCAAAUGCAAGGAGACACCCCACCCCUUUUUUUCUGUGUAGUUUUUCACUCUGCUUAACUUGUAUGUUCCUCAUGCAUAAUCUUGUAGCUAACAUAAUUAAUUAAGAGUUGUAAAACUCAGGUGGACACCAAGCACCAGAAAUUAAACUUUACCUUAUUGUUAUGGAGAUUAUAUACUAAACUUGUAUCCUACCAUUUUUACCAUUGCAAAUGUACAUGAAAACCUAAUAAUGUAAAAACUGAAUGUCUUUAAUUUCUAACCUUUCCUGAGACCAAUGUAAGCUGAUAAAAGGGAAAUCUGUUGGGUAGCUUUUAAAUCAUGUUUUAAAAACUGAUUAUCUUUGAAUUGGAUCACUAGUUGGACUAAUUGUCCUGCGUGCACAAUCACCAAAUGAUGAUAAUAUUUGCCUUCAUUCUUUCAGUGUACCACUGUGUAGGCCUGCAUAUAAGUGUUCUUCACAGCUGAUGUACCGCCUGGGUGAUUCCAUGCUCAAAGUUCACCAUUUUAUGGGACAAUAAACCAGACCUCUAGAUGCCUGUCUAAUCAUUAUUCAUGACCUUAGGUUGUUCUGUUAAGAGAAUGCUGCUGCCACUUGGGAUUUUUUAAGACGGAUGCAUUUUUAGGGAUUUUAAAGAAGACUUGCAAUGCAAUUUUAGUGAAAAAACUUUCAUAGAUAUUAAAACUUUAUCAUUUUUAGCAUCACUUCAGAUUUAAACACAUUUCUUAACCAUUUUAUAACGCUAUUUGAGGCAGA